AUGAUCGACUCAUUCAUGCCUUCGGAAUCCAUUAUUCUUCACUCAAUAGCAACAACAAAUGACAACCAAUGUCAGAGUGGUUGCAACCCUACCAUAGAUGAUGCAAUCUUUCGAGAAUUAAUGACUGAUCCAACAUUAUGUUGUGAUGAAAUUGUUUCCGAUUCAAAUCUUCUUUUACAACACAAGUACGAGGAGUGCAGAAAGAGUUGGAAUCGAGCCAUUGACAAGUAUCCCUCUCUCAUCUUGUAUUGCAACAGCCAAUCUCAAGUUAUUUCAUGUAUUCAAUGGAUUAGGAGGAAGAAUAUCAAUAUACUUCAACAUCCCAUUCGUAUUCGUUCUGGUUCACACAGUUACGAAGGAUUUUCAACUGACAAUAAGGCAAUUGUGAUUGAUGUUUCUCGAAUUAAAAACAUUUCCUUAAAUGAACACCAGUCCACUGUGACCAUUGGUGCCGGAGGUCAGUUUGUAUUUCCUGGAGGUGCCUGUCCCAGUGUAGGAGUGGUUGGAUAUUCAUUGGGAGGAGGUUGGAGUUUUGUUUCGAGAGCCUUUGGUUUAGGAUGUGACAAUAUCAUGGAAUUGGAAAUGAUUGAUUUCAAUGGAAAUAUUCUCCAAGUCAAUGAACAUGAACAUGCAGAUUUGUUUUGGGCUUGUCGUGGAGCAGGAAAUGGAAAUUUUGGCGUCAUUACAUCCAUGACCUUGCGAGUGCAUCGAGUAGUACCUUCACAUCCAAUGGCCUCCUUAAUCAUGCUCAAUUAUUCUCAUUGCUGUCCUGUGAAAAUGGCUUCCAUGGUGAAUUCUUGGCAAGACAUUAUGAAUCAAGCACCUUCGAGAUUUAAUGGAAAAAUUAACAUGUACCAUUGUGGAAAGGAUGGUAUAGGUUUCAAUUUGAUUGCCGUUCUAUUGGGAGAGAAACAAGAAGCUGUGAAUUGUUUACAGGAUUUCUUGAGUAAAUGUCCGGAUGAACCAGGAUGGGACACAGGUGGACAAUCGUCGUGUGUAGCCACUGUGGAGUACAUGCCUAUUCAUGAAGUGUUUAAAGCCAUUGGAGAUAUUCAUCCGGAAUAUGAAACCUUUAAAUCAUCUGGAAGAUUUGCGUCGAGAGAUUUCACACUUGAGGAAAUUCAAAAUUUCAUCAACAUUGUCCAACACAAGCCACAGAGCUCCAUCUAUGCUGCCAUUUCUCUGUAUGGAUUGGGAGGUGUCAUUCAUGAGGUACCAAAAGAACACACUGCAUUUGCGUAUAGGGAUGCCAAAUCAAUAAUUGGAAUUCAAACUCAAUGGAAAGAUUCAAAGCUUCAUGCCAACGAGAAUUCAGAAUGGGUAGUAGAGAUGAUGAAAAACGAAAUAAUUCCUCUCACCUGUGGAUCUUUCAUUAACUUUCCAUUGCUUGAAUUGGAGGAUUACAAGAAAGAAUAUUUUGGUAGUGAUAGAGAGACGUUGCAACGAUUGGAACGAGUCAAGAACAAGUAUGAUCCAUUGAGGGUUUUCACCUUCCCACAAAGUUUGUAG